AAUACUGCUAGUCUGUUACAGGUUGGACCAUGGAUUAAAAAUAAAAACCCGAAAAUCCUCCAAGUUGCAGUACCAGACAAACAAUUGAACUGCUUUACAGCCCAUAAAAACGAUAAACAUUUUCAAUCUCCUUCUUUUCUUCAUUCUUUGUGAGGCCAUUUUUUCCCUUCUACAUUUCUUUCUCCUUCUCAAUCUUCAAUUUCAGUUUUUUCUUCCUUGCAUAGGUUCUACUUGGAACAUCGGAAGAGUAAAUCCCUUUUCCUAUCUAUUUGAAUUAGUGGACAUUUAAGGUGGUAAUCCCUGAUCGUGUGUGUGUGUCGGCGCGAUGUCACUGUCUGUCGGCAUUGUCAGUAUUCAACGAUUCAGAUUAUAAAGAAAGGUUUUCAAUUGAAUUAUUCAAAGUAUAGUCGCGAUGCUUUUGCCAUGAGGGGGCUUUAAUACAUUAAUAUCCCGGAAGCUGUUUGAUCAAUUCGAAGCCAGCAACUCGGGUUCUUUCUUACUUUUUUUUUUCUUUCAAUUGGGUUGUAUACAGAUUGGUCGUAAUCACAAGUGGGUGUGAUUGUUUUGGACGUCGAGAUCCAUUUCUGGUCUGUGCUUAGUUUGGUUUCUUCAUUUCUUGUUUGGCCUCGGGUCUGUUUGGAUCUACUGGAGAGGAUUCAACAUGGGAAUGUGGGUGGAUUUUGAUUUUGGUAUUGAUGAUACUUGGAAAACUGAUUGAGUCGUCAUCAACGAAUGAAGCAGAGCUUCUUAAAGAUCUGGUUGUCUUUGCAUGGUAAGAGACUGCAGGCAAUAUCCUCUAUUUCAGAUUCAAUGUAUAGGAAUUCAUGUACUGAGAAUAUAUCAAGACUACUGUUCCUUAUAGCUGAAGUGUUUCGCAUACCAAAUGUCAAGGACUCUUGCAGCAUUACUUGGAGGUGCUGCAGGAGCUGUGGCUUUGGUGGGAAUGGUAAUUGUAUUCCUAUGGUUCUGCUUAUCCCAAAAUAGGAGCAUUUCAAGGCCUUCUGAAACUGGUUCCUCUGAUCAAUCUGUUCAAGCAGUGGGAAGAACAAGUAGGGUUGAGUUAUCUUUAAGACCUCUUCCACCUGAUUCAAGAGAAGCCAGGCGUUUUCUAAUGGAAGAAUUGGCUUUAGCCACAAAAGAUUUUAGUGAUAUGAAUUUGAUUGGAGAAGGAAAAUUUGGGAAGGUUUAUAAGGGCUUGCUUCAUGAUGGAAUGGUUGUAGCCAUUAAAAAGCGAUCAGGUGCACCUAGUCAGGAAUUUUUCGAGGAGGUUCGGUCUCUGUCAUCCAUUCGGCAUAGGAAUCUUGUCAGCCUUCUUGGUUAUUGCCAGGAAAAUGAUCAGCAAAUGCUCAUUUAUGAAUAUAUACCCAAUGGAAGUGUUUCUAGUCACCUAUACGGAACAGGUCAGGUUUCUGGUGAGAGGCUAGAGUUCAAGCAUAGGCUUUCAAUAGCGAUGGGGGCAGCCAAAGGAUUGGCUCACCUUCAUUCCUUGAGUCCUCGUUUGAUACAUAAGGAUUUCAAGACAUCCAAUGUUCUUGUAGAUGAAAAUUUCAUAGCUAAGAUUGCAGAUGCAGGGCUCCGCAAUUUACUUGGUAGAGUUGAUGCUGCAGGUCCAUCUUCUCAAAUAAUGGCAGAUGACAUAUUUCUUGCCCCAGAGGUGAGAGAGUUCAGGAGAUUCUCAGAGAAAAGUGAUGUCUAUAGUUUUGGAGUAUUCUUAUUGGAAUUAGUAAGCGGACAUGAAGCUAUGCAAUCACGGUCCUCAGAAUCUGGUCGAAACAUGGUUGAAUGGGCGCAUAAUUACGAUGACUCCAGCAAUAUUUCAACCAUCAUUGAUCAGAGAUUGGGCAAUAGUUUCACAACUGAAGGCAUGAAAGAGUUCAUACAGUUGACAGUGCGGUGUGUGGACCCUUCUAGGGAGAGGAGGCUGACCAUGAGCUAUGUGGUAGGGGAACUUGAUCGGAUACUUGAGAAAGAAAUGAGCUUGACAACAAUCAUGGGAGAGGGUACCACAACAGUGACUCUUGGUAGUCAGCUGUUUACUUCAUCCAGAUAAGAGAGACAACAUAGGGGUCAUUGCUUGGUGCAGUGGGAAUGCAGAUUCAAGGCUGAGGCUGAGAGCAGCCACUGUGUGCAAAAGGGGGGCAAGCCAAAGAUUAUGUCCAUAUCCAGUAUACUCCUCCCAAGAACCUGAGUAGCCAGGAUUAUUAAUGGGUAAUGACCCUUCAGAUAAGAGUAGCUGCCCUUCAACUGUUGAUGGGUUCUUUGUGAUUUUUUUUUCUUGUUUUUCCAAUGUAGAAUAUAAUUAGGGGUGCAACUUGGGUUGGGUUGGGUUUGGAAAAUAUUAAAUUUUCAAUGGGCCUGGACCCUAAUCCGAGCCUGAUGUAGUUAAAAUUCUUCAAAUCGGGCAACCCCAGUUGCAGCCUUAAGUAUAAUAUCCAGCUGUAUGAUAACUGUAUAGAGGGACAGCUGAUUUUUCUUUUCUUUCAUUUUUUUUAAUUCUUCGUUUUAUUUUUUUCCACUCAUAAUUGUACGAGAUAUCAUGCUAUUAUAUGUUACUUGUUAAUAUCACAUUGAGAAUAGGGGUUGCUAUGGAUUUCAGUAAUAAGUUGCUGAUUUGAUUUCAA